GUCCAGUAUAUUUAGUCCAGUGUUUUUCAUUUAAGAAACAUUGACUUGUAUAAAUUGUCAUCUUGUUGUGGGAUAAACAAAGUUGAACUAAAAUUAAUUGGACUGUAUUGCUGGAUAUGCCAGGCAAAAUGCAGACCGGGUCCAUGAACUUUGUUUUUGGGCUGUCUGUGGGUAUUUGUUUCGCAUACAUGGGUAUCACCUACAUAACAAGCCCAACACAACGGGGGUUGUCAGCCAGUGUGAAGCAUAUGGCCAUCAGCGAAGACGGACCCAGGGUCGAGGUCCCAAGAGACUCGUUUCUUACUCACAAGGAUCUUGAUAAAAUAAAGAAAAUCAUCCGCCCUGUACAGUUUAAUGACUCUCAUUCGCAUCAUGACAACGACACAGAUGCAAAAAAACUGUACGAUAAAGUACGGGUUUUGUGCUGGGUAAUGACUAGUCCCCAGAAUCUGGAGAAAAAAGCCGUACAUGUGCGUGCCACGUGGGCCCAUAGAUGUAACAAGCUUAUAUUUAUUAGUUCAGUGACUAAUGACAGUUUUCCUACGGUCGGAAUUGAUGUUCCCGAGGGUCGCGAGCAUUUGACUGGUAAAACUAUGAAAGCAUUCCAAUAUGUGUUCGACCACCAUUUCGAUGACGCUGAUUGGUUUAUGAAAGCCGAUGACGACACAUACACUAUUUUAGAAAACUUACGUUAUUUCCUCUCGGGCCAGAAUAAAGACUCGCCAAUUUAUUUCGGUCAUCAUUUUAAGACGAUUGUAAAACAAGGAUAUUUCAGCGGAGGCGCGGGGUACGUAAUAAGCAAGGAGGCGUUAAGGAGAUUUGGUGCUAAAGGAAAGCAAGCAUCCCUGUGCCGCCAAGAUGGUGGAUCUGAGGACGCGGAGUUUGGCAAGUGUAUGCAGAACUUGGGGGUAAAGGUUGGCAACUCCACUGACCGGUUCGGUCGAAGUCGAUUCCAUUGUUUUAGUCCGGCUACUCAUCUGAUGGGCGGCUAUCCGAAUUGGUAUUACAAAUAUGACUCGCGCGGUGGCAAAAGUGGUCGGAAGAGCAUCUCAGACUAUGCAAUAAGCUUCCACUACGUUCCCCCGGCCAUGAUGUACGAACUGGAAUAUUUUACUUACCAUUUAAGACCGUACGGUAUUCAUUCCGGAAAUCAAGAUUUGAAUAAUAAAGUGACGUUACACCGGAAGUGACGUAGCAGUGAAUGUAAAAUGAUGUUUACUAUUUAUGAUAUUCAAUAUCAGUUUUGAAUAAGAAUGUGAUACUAUUUGUACAAAGGGACAGCUGGUAUCCUUUUAGCUUUGGUAAUCAAAAGGUAACAGGUUGCUUAAUGUUUGUGUUAUGUGAGACAUGUGGCCAUUGUGAUAUUGGAGUGGAACACAUGGCGUUGUGAAACUAGAAAAGGCGACACUUGCAGAUAUGGUUUCCAACGAUUCAAAGCGAAAUGGCUCUUACUUUACAAUGAGUGUUUUAGGCAUUUGAAAAACGUUAUCAGAAGCCCGAUCCCGGUCUUCCAUGAUACUGUGCUUUAUUUUCAUCAGUUAUUCAAAGUUAUUGGUUACAACGUACGUCCAGCGUUUUAAUACGAUGCAUUCAAUGCACGUUUACAUGUACUACAUUUUGAAAAUGUUUCUACUUUGGUCAUAUCGAUAAAAAAUAUAUCCAGCCGCAAGAAGAUAGAAGCAGACGGGAUGUGACGCAUAAUGAAUAAGAUUCAAAAGUCAAUCGUUAAAGAUAUUCAUAUCUCAUACUGAUUAGCCCAAUAGAUGAAACUACGAUAAUGAAUCUACACGGAUGUUUGUCAUUUGGAGCUACCCGGCCAUUUUUUUAUUGAAAGCAAUCUCGGUACACUUUAACUACGCUGCAAGUAGAUCGCGUAGUAAUUUAAAUUUAGCUAUAAAACUUAAUGACUAAACUCUUUGGAAUCUUAAUUAUGUUAUCAAUACAACGAUUGACUGGCAAUCAAUUUAAACUUAGAUUUACAAAUACAAGCCAAAACACUACCAUUAAUUAAUAAUAUGAUUCAAAUUUUGUGAACUACUUCUACUGAUGUACCGGAAUACAUCCGAGGCUGUUUUCGAUAAAAAUGCGCCCCCCCCCCCAAAAAAAAAGGAGUUCCGAAUGGGCUGGUUGUGUCACAUAUUCCUGCAUAACACUUCCUACAUGAAUGAAUCGAGAGAAUGGUUCAAUCAUAAUUGUUGCAUAGAAUUCGUUUUAAAGUAUGGUGGCAUUUAACUGCCGUAACUGCCUGAUAGCGUUCGCGAAUUGUUUCGUGUUAACCUCUUAAUUUUCGCAAUAAUAAUCUAGCUAUCUAGUUGAUAUUCGCGAUUCUUUUUUGAUAAGAUAAACAUCAUUAGACUAAAACAGAUUUGAAAGUGCCCAAAACUGCCACCUAUUACGCUUUUUAGCCAGACAACACUUAGUAGUUAUGGUUUGCAAAUUCCACUUAAGUUUCGCAAGAAAGUUUCGCGAAUAUUAACUAGAUAGCUAGAUAAUUAUCUAAUUUUGGUAUUCAAAUUGUAAUUGUCUUUUGUCCUUAAAUAUCAUUAAAUCAUUGCAUUUCUAUUUUGUCUUAAAGCGUUAUUUCAUCUGCCAGUGUACAGACUGAAUCGUAUUCGUUCUUUAAUAUCCGUAUCUUGACUGUCUUAUACGUGUAUAGGAAAUAGCACCAGUUGGAAAAUACGGCAAAACAAGUACAGUAUCUUAUUGCACUGUUAAAAGCAUAUUCUAUUAAGUUUUCUGUUAUGAGAUGUGUUCUUGUUGAUUGCUUGAUUAUUGUAGUAUACACGUAAAUGUAUGUUUUACAUGACAUUUAUGAAUAAAUUAUUUGACACUUA